CGUCGGCCGCAUGCGCCUGUGAAGUGUGCGCCUGGAAGACGCCGAAAUUUUUCUUUGCCCUCACUCUCCUCCCAGAGAUCGGCCCUUCCUCUUCUUCUUCUUUUCUUCUGCCAUCCUUCUGGAACAUCGGUUACCAAUAAUCUCGUAUUCGCCAUGACGAAACUCAUUCUAUCAACGGGCAAUGUCAUGUCCGCAGGCCCCUCCAUCAUUCGCAAACCCGGUGCCGCCACCAGAUCCAACCUCGAACUCGUCAACUCGCUCCGCGAAAACUUCGCCGAGGCUCAGCGCGACUACGCGACGCUCGCGCCCGUUACAAAUGGCUUCGUGAAAGGCCCCGGCACCGCCAACGCCAUCGACGUCUGGACGGAGCGAGAGGACCGGACCCUGUACAUCCCCCGCAUCAAUUGGCAUGCCGCGGGCCUGCAUGAGGAGCCGAGCCAGUAUGAGAUCACCCUCAAGCUAUUUUUCCUCCCGGGCUGCCCGGUGUCUGAGCGUGAGCAAUACGCGUCUGAGGCGCUGGAGUUGGUCCAGAAGGAACUAGGCAUUCAGACUGUUGACCUGCUCGUCGUCUCUUUUCCCGGAAUGUCCUUUGAGGGCAACUGUGAGUGGGAGGCAGACAAGGCCAAUGCCCAACAGGGCAACCUGGAGGAGCAAAUUGUCACAUGGCACGCGGUAGAGAGCCUGCACAAACAGGGCCUGGUCAAGCGACUGGGUGUGGCCGAGUUUGGCAGCGCGAAGCUCGGCGCUUUCAUCAAGCGUACGACGGUCCCUCCCGUCAUCGACCAAAUCAACCUGCGCAACUGCUGCGACGUCCCACCGCCGCUCAAGAAGCUAGCUGAGGAGCAAGGCAUCGAGCUCCAUGUCCAUAGCGACUGUACUGACAUCCUCCCCCGCGGAACCUUCCGGGAGCUCCUCGGCCACGGCCCUCAAGGUGCAGGCGUGCUCGCUGAUGCAGCACACAAGGGUUGCGGUCUUCCGGGUGAGAUUUACCCCCAGUGGGUGGUGAGGUACACUGCAUUUAUCAAAGACCGAGGUAUCAUCGAAAACAAGGGGUACUUUGCAGGUGCUCAGCUCAUAUAGUCGUGAUAUCGACGAGGACACCGGGAGUGGGGGAGGGAAAUGGGAGGAAAGAUAUCCAGGCGAGCAUCUCGGGUGCAGCAUGACGAUGGUGUUAGA